GGGGAUCAUAAAGCUACCAUCACUUUUUUAAGCAUUCUCUCUGCUCACCUGAUCGGACUCCUGGUUCGUCUCCAUUGGUGACUGUGCCUGACAACCGUUGCCAUGGGUGAAAUGGAGCAGCUUCGAAAGGAGGCGGAGCGCCUGAAGGACGAUAUCACUGCCGCACGUAAAGCAGUGCAGGAUGCCACACUGCAGGACACAGUCUCAGGGACGGCCGUGGUGGGCCGAGUCCAGCUCAAAACCAGAAAGACCCUGAGAGGACAUCUGGCCAAAAUCUACGCCAUGCACUGGGCUACAGACUCAAAACUCUGUGUGAGUGCAUCUCAGGAUGGAAAGCUGAUUGUGUGGGACAGCUACACCACCAACAAGGUAAACGCCAUCCCUCUGAAGUCUUCCUGGGUGAUGACCUGUUCCUACGCCCCCUCAGGAAACAUGGUGGCAUGUGGGGGUUUGGACAACAUGUGCUCCAUCUACAACCUGAAGGGCAAAGACGGCAACGUCAAGGUCAUGCGGGAGUUGGCAGCACACACAGGCUACCUGUCAUGCUGUCGUUUCCUGAGUGACGCUGAGAUCAUCACCAGCUCUGGUGACUGUACCUGCGUUCUGUGGGACAUUGAGACGGGCACACAGAAGACCGUGUUCAUCGGCCACAUGGGCGACUGCAUGAGCCUGGCCGUGUCUCCAGACUUUAAGACUUUUAUUUCAGGAGCGUGUGACUUCACAGCCAAACUGUGGGAUAUACGGGAGGGCCAGUGCAGACAGACUUUCAGUGGCCAUGAGAGUGAUAUAAACGCUAUAGCCUUCUUCCCCAACGGUAACGCGGUGAUCACAGGCUCGGACGAUGCCACCUGUAAGCUGUAUGACCUUCGCGCUGACCAGGAGCUGAUCACCUACCAGGACUCCAGCAUCAUGUGUGGAGUUACCUCCAUCGCCCCCUCGUUCUCGGGACGCCUCAUCCUGGCUGGCUACGAUGACUUCAACUGCAACAUCUGGGACUCGCUGAAGGCUGAGAGAGUGGGAGUGUUGGCGGGCCACGAUAACCGUGUGAGCUGCAUCGGGGUGACAGCCGACGGCAUGGCCUGCUGCACGGGGUCAUGGGAUAGCUUCCUGAAGAUCUGGAACUGAGGCACCUUCUGAAAGAGCAAACGAAAAAAGACAGGAUGAGGGAACAUCUGAGUGAUUAUAAAAAUUGGGUAUGGGGUGAUGGGGGGAGGGGGUGGGAGGUAAGCGAGGGGAAGAGACAAAGAGAGGGAUGUUUUUGUGCCAAGUCCUAAAGAGAAGGGUUUAGCUUGAGACGGAAUAUCUCCUUCAGAGGCAGGCUGGCCACUAGCAUUUUCUUCUGCCGAGAAAUUAUGCAAUAACACAAAUGAGAUGAACUGAUGAAACACACGAUGAGAUUCUUCAAAUCUUCGUCUUUCAGGGACCACUGUACUCUGAAUUACUGCAGAAGGCACUUUCCAACUAAUUUUGAUGACAGAGAACAAUGGAAGUAGUUGAAUGUAGGUCAAUUAGUGUUGGUUUGAUAAACGACAUGUACUGUUACUGUAACGCAUAGUAAUUAGGAAAUGACUGAAACACGGCCACCAAAAACUCAAAUGAAAUCCUGUAACAUGUAAAUAAUGAAAACUUUUACAGGAGCUGCCAAAUUACAAUAGGCAAAUAGAGUCAAGUCCAUCGCUUACAAAUACAGUGUGAUUUAUAGAUUUUAACGACCUAUGAGUUUGAGGAACA